GUACACAUACCUUUCCAGUUUCCUGUAGUGUUGGAUAAACUCCCGGAGAAAUAAACACUUGAACAAACCGAAACUUAAUUUUCAUCUUGAUGCAGGUUCCUUCUCCGGGUAGUAGAAAGAGAAAAAAAAUGAAAAAAUCGAUUACAAAUAAUAAAGAAUGAAUAAAAAUAUAAAAGCUGGGAUUGGAGUAAAAAUCAAUAAACAUAUGUAAAUAUAGUUGACUGUGUAAAUAUUCAAAGUGAAUAAAAAGUGUGCUGGAUGAAAAGUAUACAGUUGAACAAUAUGGGACAACAACCUAGUCGUGAAAGUUCGGUUGACGAGCCAGGAAUAGGGUUGCACGGUUUAGAAGAGGAUUCAUCCGAAGAGGAACUCUACAACGCGGAUAUAGAAACAGAGGACGAAUACAGGCAGAACCUGCUCCCUGGUCUUGAAGUCAUGAUAGAGAGUAGUUCAGACCAGGAGAAAUGGUGGAUGAUAACUUUACAGAUUUUCUUUCCCUUUCUCAUUGCCGGGUUUGGGAUGGUUGGGGCGGGGAUGGUUCUGGAUCAGGUUCAGCAUUGGAGAGUGUUUCAAGAAAUCCCUGAGAUAUUUAUCCUGGUCCCUGCUCUUCUAGGACUAAAAGGUAACCUGGAGAUGACUCUAGCCUCUCGUCUCUCCACCGCUGCCAACCUAAAUAAGAUGAACACCAGGAGGGAUGCUUUAGCUCUCAUUAUAGGAAACCUUGCUCUCGUUCAGUGUCAAGGUAUAGUGGUUGGUUUUCUGGCUGCACUCACAGGUAUACUAAUGGGUUGGAUUACAACUGGAUCUAUCAAGGUUGAACAUAUUCUCCUUCUCAGUGCUAGCUCUGUAGUGACCGCUAGCUUGGCCAGCUUUGCUCUUGGACUAGUUAUGGUAUUUGUUAUACUUUUCUCUAGACAAUGUAGUAUUAAUCCGGACAAUGUUGCAACACCUAUUGCUGCUUCUCUGGGAGAUCUAAUAACUCUGGCGCUACUCUCCUGGAUUGCAUCCCUACUCUGGUCAGACCUGGAGCAGGAUCAAUGGUUGGCUCCGCUCAUCAUUUCAUUGUACAUUCUCUUUAUCCCAGUGUGUACCUGGGUAACAUGGAGAUGCCCGGAUACUAAACCAAUUCUCCUGACAGGUUGGAUUCCAGUUCUUGUUGCCAUGCUGAUCAGCUCAGUCGGUGGGUUAAUACUUGAUCUUGCUGUGGUUAAAUUUCAUGGUAUAGCUGUAUUCCAACCUGUCAUGAACGGAGUCGGAGGAAACCUGGUUGCAGUUCAAGCCUCAAGAAUGUCCACCAAGCUUCAUGUUGAGUCUGGAGGGAAGGGUCCGGGCAGACUAAGUCCCACGGAUAAGGUUUGCGUUACUCCGUGUUCUAUUCUUUGCGGGGAUCAAGAUCACUCACUCACAGCUUGCAUCCUUCUCAUCUUAGUUCUUCCUGGGCAUAUAAUAUUUGUUUACAUGAUCAGCUACCUUGAAGCCGGUCAUACUACUCCUACACCAACCUUCCUUCUCUUCUACCUAGUAGCGGCCUGGUGUCAGGUAGCAAUACUUCUCUAUAUCUGCAGGGUCAUGGUUUACUCGCUCUGGAGAUCAGGCUUGGACCCGGAUAAUAACGCUAUUCCUUAUCUUACAGCUCUUGGAGAUCUUCUGGGUGGAGCAUUCCUUGGUCUAGCUUUUCAAUCCUUAGACUGGUUGGGAGGUCAAGAGUUUACAGGAGGAACUAAUCCAUCCUUCAUCUUAAACACCACUCUACCACAACUCACAGGAAACCAAAGUUUGAUAUUUAACACAACAUCAUUGUAACUUCAUCAUCAUUACUGACUUUAUUGUGAUUAUUUUGUAUUCUUAUUCAUUUACUUUAUGCUACAACUGUUAAAGGCCUAACAGACGAAACUAUUUUUUCAUUGGUUGAUUGAAGCUCAAAACAAGAUUUUCAGCUACACAGACGAUUAAAUAAAGUUAACUAAGCAAAAGCUAUUAUAUGUUUAAACCCUAAAGCUCAAAUUAUCUAUUUCUAAAUUUUAAAAGAAUUUUGGAUUCAGUAUUUGUUUUCUGUAACUGUCUACAUUUUUAUAUUUAAUACAUAUGAUUAAUGUUUAAAAGUAAGAAAAAAGUAGCAAUAAUUAAUGUUUUAUCAAACUGAAGUUGAAACUAUAGGCUCGUUGAAUAUAACGUUUGUUAAUUAUAACAUCCGUUAAAUCAAUCUUAAAUCCUUGUUAAUUUUGAUCCUGGUUGGAUAAUAUCCUCCUUUAGAAAUCCUUGUUAAAUAAUAUUCAUGUUAAAACUUAAUUGUUUAUUGAUUUCUUAAUUGAUAUACUGCUUAACAGACUAAAUUAUAAAUACUUAUGAAUUUCGUCAAAAAUUUAUAAGUGCGUUAAAAGAAAUGAGUCUUGGUCACAAACUCCAAAUUGAUAAUUCCUUUAUCUUUGCAACCUGAUGGUGGGAGCCUUAUAUAUUUCAAGCUUAGAUUAUUUUAUCUAACAGA